UUUCCUACAGCCGGCUGCUCCGAAAACCCGGAGCAGCUGAGUGGUCUCAGUGGACAGUCCUCCUAGGGGCGAAGCCAGGCGGCUUGGGCAUGCUCAGUAGCUGGGAGAGGUUUGGGAGGAGAGUAGAAAGCUUUGACUCUGCCCCCACCCCCUCCUCUAGCCCCCGCCCCCCUUGCCCCUUCCCAGCCGUAGUAGUUCCCCGGCGUGCGCCCGUGGAGAGCAGGAACAUGGCGCUCGGAGCGAUAUAACAGAUGUAGCAGCAGCGGAGAAGCAGAUGAGGUACCGCGACUUCUCUGCUGACAGCCAGCCACCAGAAAUACACUGUGGUGAAAUGCUUCUGUCUGUUGCCAAAAUGAACACUGAAGAAAAAUGAAGAAAACUGAAGAAUUCCAACAAAAAGUUUGCACAACAGAAGUAGCCAAACUCUUCUGGAAUCUUUAAUUCAUCCCCAGCCAUCGUAAAACAAAAAGUUUUUACAUCAUGUUUGGGAAGAAAAAGAAAAAGAUCGAAAUUUCUGGCCCAUCCAACUUUGAACACAGGGUUCAUACUGGGUUUGAUCCACAAGAGCAGAAGUUUACUGGCCUUCCCCAGCAGUGGCACAGCCUGUUAGCAGACACAGCCAACAGGCCCAAGCCUAUGGUUGACCCGUCAUGCAUCACACCCAUACAGCUGGCUCCCAUGAAGACAAUCGUCAGAGGAAAUAAAUCCUGCAAGGAAACCUCUAUCAAUGGUCUGCUAGAGGAUUUCGACAACAUCUCCGUGACUCGCUCCAACUCUCUAAGGAAAGAAAGCCCACCCACCCCAGAUCAGGGAGCAGCCAGCCGCAUUCAAGGCCACUCGGAAGAAAACGGCUUCAUCACUUUCUCACAAUAUUCCAGUGAAUCCGAUACUACUGCAGACUACACAACUGAAAAGUACAGAGACAGGAGUCUCUAUGGAGAUGACCUGGAUCUGUACUAUAGAAGCAGCCAUGCAGCCAAGCAAAACGGGCAUGCCAUGAAGAUGAAACAUGGAGACGCUUACUAUCCUGAGAUGAAGCCUUUGAAAACCGACCUGGCUGGAUUCCCUGUCGACUAUCACACCCACUUGGACUCUCUGAGAAAAUCAAGUGAAUAUGGUGACUUUAAGUGGGAUUAUCAGAGGGCCUCCAGUAGCUCUCCUCUAGACUACUCAUUCCAGCUCACGCCUUCUAGAACUGCAGGGACCAGCAGGUGCUCCAAGGAGAGUCUGGCAUACAGUGAAAGUGAUUGGGGACCCAGCUUGGAUGACUAUGACAGGAGGCCAAAAUCGUCAUACCUGCAUCAGACAAGCCCUCAGCCAGCCAUGCGCCAGAGAUCCAAGUCAGGCUCAGGGCUUCAGGAACCCAUGAUGCCAUUUGGAGCAAGUGCAUUUAAAACUCACUCUCAAGGACACUCGUACAACUCCUACACCUACCCUCGAUUGUCCGAGCCCACAAUGUGCAUUCCAAAGGUGGAUUACGAUCGAGCACAGAUGGUCUUCAGUCCUCCGCUGUCAGGGUCCGACACUUACCCCAGAGGCCCCACCAAACUACCUCAAAGUCAAAGCAAAGCAGGCUACUCUUCAGGCAGCCACCAGUACCCUUCAGGGUAUCACAAAGCAUCUCUAUACCACCAUCCAUCCCUGCAAAACAGUUCUCAGUACAUCUCCACCGCUUCUUACUUAAGCUCUCUCAGUAUCUCCUCGAGCACCUACCCUCCACCUAGCUGGGGCUCCUCCUCAGACCAGCAGCCCUCAAGGGUAUCCCAUGAACAAUUCCGAGCAGCCCUGCAACUGGUGGUCAGCCCAGGAGACCCCAGGGAAUAUUUGGAUAACUUUAUUAAAAUCGGAGAAGGGUCGACGGGCAUCGUGUGCAUCGCAACGGAGAAACACACAGGCAAGCAAGUGGCAGUGAAGAAAAUGGACCUCCGAAAGCAGCAGAGACGGGAACUCCUUUUUAAUGAGGUCGUGAUAAUGCGUGAUUACCACCACGACAACGUAGUUGACAUGUACAACAGCUACCUUGUUGGAGAUGAGCUCUGGGUGGUUAUGGAGUUUCUGGAAGGUGGUGCCUUGACAGACAUUGUCACUCAUACCAGAAUGAAUGAAGAACAGAUAGCUACUGUCUGCCUGUCAGUUCUGAAAGCCCUGUCCUACCUUCAUAACCAAGGAGUGAUUCACAGGGACAUAAAGAGUGACUCCAUUCUUCUGACAAGCGAUGGACGGAUAAAGUUAUCUGACUUUGGUUUCUGUGCUCAAGUUUCCAAAGAGGUGCCAAAGAGGAAGUCACUGGUGGGAACCCCAUACUGGAUGGCACCUGAGGUGAUUUCCAGGCUACCUUAUGGGACAGAGGUGGACAUCUGGUCCCUUGGGAUAAUGGUGAUAGAGAUGAUUGAUGGUGAGCCCCCCUAUUUCAAUGAGCCUCCUCUGCAGGCCAUGAGGAGGAUCCGGGACAGUUUACCUCCAAGAGUGAAGGACCUACACAAGGUUUCUUCCAUGCUCCGAGGAUUCCUCGAUCUUAUGUUGGUGAGGGAACCCUCUCAAAGAGCCACAGCUCAAGAACUUCUUGGACAUCCAUUCUUAAAAUUGGCAGGUCCACCAUCUUGUAUCGUUCCUCUCAUGAGACAAUACAGACAUCACUGAGAGGAUUCACACAGGAUGCAAAGCUAGACAAAGACAUAAGAAUGAUUCGGGAGAAUAUGAGGAAACCCACAGAACAUGCAAAGACCUGUGCUUUCUAAACCAGCUGAUUGGUGGAACAGUGUGAUGACCUGACCGGCAGGGUUCGACAGACCAGGGCAUCUUCUAGUGUCUUAAAUAAUAGGCAUCUCUCCACUGACAGCUGGCAUGGUCAUUUGGAGCAUGGCUUUAAUAAGUCAUUAUUAUACAUUUUCAGCCCUUCUUCCAGUGAAUCAGAAGGACUCAGUACAAACUCCGUUACGAUAUAUCCUAGCCACAUGCAGGGUACCACAUAGGAUUUUCUAUAUUGAAAGAAUACUUUUCUGGCAAAAAAAAAAAAAAAAAAA